AUGAACUUGCCAGAGUUUUCGUCGAUUUGGGGUCCGCCUGCUGAAGUGCCUUCUACUUUGCGUUUUAGCGACACUCCAUACGCCCCAUUUUCCAAGGGUGACAAGCUAGGCAAAGCUGCCGACUGGGCGGCUGAUCCGGUAAAGGAUGGUAAAGACCAGAGGAGAACUCAGGGCCGUGGGUUCCGUGAUCCUUAUCACGCCUACGGUGCUUCUUCUACUCGUUUCUUCACUAACGAAGACAACGAAUCAUCUUGGUCUUUCAAUGUUGUCGAUUCCGGCACUAAAGGAACUCCUAAGCCCCGUGGACAGCAGAAUGCAGUGCUCAAAACUCGCGGUCGUAUGCAGGGUCAGCAGCAACAGAGCGCUCCUCAGGGCCGUGCAAUUGGCCAGGCAAGCUCUUUCGCUAACCGUAGCGCUGGUGGCGGUGGUUACCGUCGUCCUGGUGCUGGCUACGCUGAUAAAGGUAAAGCCCGUGAGCCUAGUGUGGCUAUUGGUCCUACUUGGAAGCUCGUUCAAUCAAACAACUUUAAUGAGCUCAAAAAGCUUACUUACAACGUGCCCCUUUCCGAGGGCAAAACCAUUGGCACUUAUGGUUCCGUGCAGUACUUUGAUCGCGCUACUGAGAAGAUCACUCAGCCCAUGAAGCUCAAGGUUGUUGAUAGCACUGUUUACAAUGUCACAACCAGUGAAGAUCCCGUUAUUAACAAACUGGCUGGAUCUAAUGUUGGCCAGGUGUUUGCUACCGACGCUAUCCUGGCCGUUAUUAUGUGCACGACCAAGUCUAAUAACCCUUGGGAUAUUGUGGUCAACAAGGUUGAUGGAAAGAUUUUCUUCGACAAGCGCGACGGUGGUCCUCUGGACUUUUUGACUGUCGACGAGAACUCUGUUCACUCUCCUGCUGAUGACGCCGAGAACCGUAUCGACUCCACCAGCGCUCUUAGCAUCGAGGCCACCUACAUUAACCAGAACUUUGUUGCCAACGUUGUUACCCGCGACGGUGCCAAACACGACUUUGAGAACACAAACCCCUUUGCCACUUCUGACGACGAGCCUGUUUUGCCCAAAGGUUACAUUUACCGCCAGUUCAACCUCGAGGCUGAUUCCGAGAAACCUCCUUUGGAGCUUGUGGUCCGUUGCGAGAUCGACGCCGUCGUGGCUGGACCUGACGGUGACAACUUUGCUAUUGUUCGUGCUUUGAACGAGUACGGUGGCUACAAGUCUUUGGAGUGGAAGGACCGUUUCGUCAACCACCGUGGUGCCAUUGUUGCGGCUGAAAUGAAGAAUAACCUCAACAAGCUGUCGCAGUGGACUGUUCAGGCAUUGCUCAGUGGUAGCAAGGCCCUGAAAAUCGGUUUCGUUUCGCGUGUCAAUGCUAAGGAAAAGACCAACCACGAGAUCGUAGGCGUCCUCAGCGGUGCCCCCACCCAGUUUGCUACCCAACUUAACUUGCAGAUGCAGAACGGAUGGGGCAUUGUCCGCUCUCUUAUCAACAUUAUUUCUAGUUUGGAGGAUGGCAAGUACGCGAUCUUGCGUGACCCCAAUCUGCAGUUCUUGCGGGUUUACCAGGUCCCCAACUAA